ACGGCCCGUCUCCUCAGAGGCCGCGGCGGGGCCGGCGCAGCCAUGGGGGAGCUGUUCCGCAGCGAGGAGAUGACCCUGGCCCAGCUGUUCCUGCAGUCCGAGGCUGCCUACUGCUGUGUCAGCGAGCUGGGCGAGCUGGGCAAGGUCCAGUUCCGCGACCUGAACCCCGACGUGAACGUGUUCCAGCGCAAGUUCGUGAAUGAAGUGCGGAGGUGCGAGGAGAUGGACAGGAAGCUCCGGUUUGUGGAGAAGGAGAUCAAGAAAGCAAAUAUUCCAAUCAUGGACACGGGAGAAAACCCCGAGGUGCCCUUCCCUCGUGACAUGAUUGACCUGGAGGCAAACUUUGAGAAAAUUGAAAAUGAGCUUAAGGAAAUCAACACAAACCAGGAAGCCCUGAAGAGAAACUUCUUGGAGCUGACAGAGCUGAAGUUCAUACUGCGUAAAACCCAGCAGUUCUUCGAUGAGGCUGAAUUGCAUCAUCAGCAGAUGGCGGAUCCAGACCUGCUGGAGGAGUCCUCUUCGCUGCUGGAGCCGAGCGAGAUGGGCAGGGGAGCGCCGCUGCGCCUGGGGUUCGUGGCCGGAGUCAUCUCUCGGGAGCGGAUCCCCACCUUCGAGCGCAUGCUGUGGCGAGUCUGCCGCGGCAACGUCUUCCUGCGGCAGGCCGACAUCGAGAGCCCCCUGGAGGACCCUGUCACGGGGGACUAUGUGCACAAAUCAGUGUUCAUCAUCUUCUUCCAAGGGGACCAGCUGAAGAACAGAGUCAAGAAGAUCUGUGAAGGGUUCAGAGCCUCCCUCUACCCCUGCCCAGAAACACCACAGGAGCGGAAGGAGAUGGCCUCUGGUGUCAACACCAGGAUUGAUGAUCUUCAGAUGGUGCUGAACCAGACGGAGGACCACCGGCAGCGAGUGCUGCAGGCAGCCGCCAAGAGCCUGCGGGUGUGGUUCAUCAAAGUGCGCAAGAUGAAGGCCAUUUACCACACCCUGAACCUCUGCAACAUCGACGUCACCCAGAAGUGCCUCAUUGCCGAGGUCUGGUGCCCCGUGGCUGACCUGGACUCCAUCCAGUUUGCUCUCAGGAGAGGCACUGAGCACAGUGGAUCCACAGUGCCAUCCAUCCUGAACAGGAUGCAGACCAGUCAGACCCCCCCCACAUACAACAAAACCAACAAGUUCACCUCCGGCUUCCAGAACAUCGUCGACGCUUAUGGCAUCGGCACCUACCGGGAGAUCAACCCAGCACCCUACACCAUCAUCACCUUCCCCUUCCUCUUUGCUGUCAUGUUUGGGGACUUUGGCCACGGUGUGCUGAUGACUCUGAUUGCUCUCUGGAUGGUGCUGAGGGAGAGCCGCAUCCUCUCGCAGAAGAGCGACAACGAGAUGUUCAACAUGGUGUUCAGUGGGCGCUACAUCAUCCUGCUGAUGGGGCUCUUCUCCACCUACACCGGCCUCAUCUACAACGACUGCUUCUCCAAGGCCCUCAACAUGUUCGGCUCCUCCUGGAGCGUGCGGCCCAUGUUCACCCGGGGCAACUGGUCAGAUGCCCUGCUGGAGACCACUCCUCUGCUGCAGCUGAACCCUGCCAUCCCAGGGGUGUUUGGGGGACCCUACCCCUUUGGCAUUGACCCGAUCUGGAACAUUGCCAGCAACAAGCUGGCCUUCCUCAACUCCUUCAAGAUGAAGAUGUCUGUGAUCCUUGGCAUCAUCCACAUGCUCUUUGGAGUCACCCUGAGCCUCCUCAACCACAUCUACUUUAGGAAGCCACUGAACAUCUACCUUGGAUUUAUCCCAGAGAUGAUUUUCAUGUCCUCCCUCUUUGGCUACCUGGUUAUCCUCAUUUUCUACAAGUGGACAGCCUAUGAUGCUCACACCUCAAAGGAUGCCCCCAGCCUGCUGAUCCACUUCAUCAACAUGUUCCUCUUCUCCUACAGUGACCGCAGCAUCAAGAUGCUGUACAGCGGGCAGAAAGGGCUGCAGUGUUUCCUCGUGGUGGUGGCAUUGCUGUGUGUGCCCUGGAUGCUGGUAGCCAAGCCCCUGGUCCUUCGCCGUCAGUACCUGUGGAGGAAGCACUUGCACCCUCAGGAGGGGCAGCCCGUGGAGGCCCAGGGCAGCACAGUGCCGAGCGAGGCUCUGGAGGCAGCAGCGGCUGCGCCAGGCACCCAAAACUUUGGUGGGAUCCGGGUGGGCAAUGGCCCUACGGAGGAGGAUGCUGAGAUCAUCCAACAUGACCAGUUGUCCACCCAUUCCGAGGAGGGGGAAGAGCGUACAGAGGAGGAGGUGUUUGACUUUGGGGACACUGUGGUGUACCAGGCCAUCCACACCAUCGAGUACUGCCUGGGCUGCAUCUCCAACACCGCGUCCUACCUGCGGCUCUGGGCGCUCAGCUUGGCGCACGCGCAGCUCUCGGAGGUGCUCUGGACCAUGGUGAUCCACAUCGGCCUCAGCGUGAGGAGCCUGGGGGGAGGCCUUGGCCUCUUCUUCAUCUUCGCUGCCUUCGCCACGCUGACCGUGGCCAUCCUGCUGGUGAUGGAAGGGCUCUCGGCCUUCCUGCACGCCCUGCGCCUGCACUGGAUCGAGUUCCAGAACAAGUUCUACACCGGCACUGGGUUCAAGUUCCUCCCAUUCUCCUUCGACACCAUCCGUGAGGGGAGGUUCGACGACUAAGGACCCUCCUCAGCAGUGUUCCCCUGGUGUUGUGGCUGACCCCUCCCCUGUGUCUGAUUGCAUGCAGCCCCCCCGCGGUGACCCUAACUUAUUGCAGCACCCCCGAGCUGCCCCUGGUGGUUCAAGCCAAGAGCUCAGGUGCUGGGUGACACUGGAUCAAAGAAACUUCUCCUUCCUCCGGCCUGCCCCUGGAGCUCCCAAGUGCUGUGCUGGCUGUGGUGUGUGUUGGGG